AUGGGCUCCAUGAAUUCAGAAGAUGAAAAUUGGUAUGCCUGCUCCGAUUGGCUGGAGAGGUGUGCAAUGAUAACUGUAGAACAGAACAAAUCAAUUUCUAGCAUUGAACACCUAGCCACCAUUCUUAAAGAUGGCGUUCUUCUCUGCAACUUGUGCAACAAAAUCAAACCUGGCUCCAUUGAUAUCAAACAGACCAGUCAAAAACCUCAGUACAGUCAGUUCCUCUGGCAGAGAAACGUCCAUACAUUCCUGAUGGCCUGUCAAAAUGCCUUCGGUCUGGACAAGAAGAAACAUCUCUUUGAGGUGCCUGACCUUGUAGAGUUGCAAAACUUUGGAAAGGUUAUUUUUACACUAUCGAAACUCUCUCAAACUAAAGAAGCCAGAGCCAAAAAUAUCAAGAAAGAUAUGUUAGUAGAGGAUGAUGAUUCGUUCUCUUUAUAUGGAACAAGUUUGGAUGAUCUUGGAAACAGUGAUGUUUGUGAGGAAAUUUACGACACGUUGGUUUACGGUUCUAUGCAGAAACCAGCGGCAAAAGCAUCAACACCCCGAACGAAAAAGGAUUCUUGCCUGGAUGAACUUGUCGCGACGGAAAAAAACUUCAUUGAUGUUCUCGCUAUGAUCAACAAUAUUUUUGCUCGAAAUUUGAAGAGCCACCUGUCUGCCAGCGAAAGUAACGAAGUCUUCUUUAAAAUUGAAGACCUGCAUAAAGUCCACCAAGAUUUCUACCGCAAGAUUUUAGCGGCGCGAAACAGCGGCUCUCCAGCUCAAGAAGUUUCAAAAAGUUUCAUAGAAUUCAAACUCCCGUUCACCAUAUACGGGGAUUACGUGGCACACAUCAACAGGUCAACCGCAGCACUCGACGCGAUUUGCACCACAAAUUCACCGGCGCGAAAACUCAUCGAGGAUGGUGCCAUCGUAGCGAAAGUUAAACUCCGUGACCUACUGACAGUACCGGUGCAAAGGAUCCUCAAAUACCACAUCAUUAUCAAGGACCUCAAUGUAUAUAUCAAUGAAGUGAAGAGGGACAGCGAAAACUUAGACACCACAAGAGAAGUGCAGAGCAGGUGA